AUGAAUCGCGCUAAGACCAAACACAGCCGACCUUCUACCGUGUGGCUUGAUGAGUCGGCCUUCUGCAAUGAGCAGCUGAGUCCAAACUCAACGGCGUCUCCGCAUAUCCAACCCCUAACAAUGCAGAAAAUGGCCACCGCCGUAAUGACACCUAGUUCAAUGAAGCCACACCCGGAUCGCCCAAGUGCAAGCAUCCCACAACUGAAUCAGAACCCAUGGGAUACUUUCGAGCCUGCUGCUGGUUCAUCCCAAGAUCGGUCUCUGAUAUUUGCCCGAAAUAAGUCGGAAAAAGGCAAGUUGGUGCAUAUCCAUCAACUUGAAAAACACUUCUCUCCCGCCACAGGUUUCCUAGAACUGAUGGAACAAGUCAUCCAUCCAAGCUUCCUAAAAUUGCUCGAAUGUUAUCAUCAUGAUGCAUCGUGCACGUUUAUCUGGGAACCAACAGAGGUGUCAGUCAGCCACAUUUUAGCCUCCAGCUGCUCGAUCACCACCGACGAACUCGUUGGAAUUGUCAAACCGGUGAGUCAGUUAAAAUCUCUUGCAGGUGCAUUUGAAAUUAACAUGGGAUAG